AUUACGAGCCGGGUUUAGUAUAUAACCAGCUCCAUCAGGGCACUCUGCACUAGCUGCUCUUAGAGCACCAUCGAGGAAGCAUCUUGUGGAGCACGAAGAACCUCAGGAAGAACUUUCAACUUUGGCAACUCUCAAAAGACUUGGAAGAUAAUGCGGAAGACACGUCACGUCAUACUGCCAGUACGAUCAUGGCAGUAUAUAGGCCUGAUGACCGUCUCUUUAGCAUGCCUUACCCUGGGUCUAGUCUCUAGAGAUAGAGAAGGUCAGGCCGGAAGUCUUGCGGGUCCCGAACUGCAGCAUGGAGCACCCCAUGAGAUUGAUGCCUGUCCGAAUGAUAAUCCAUUCAACCGGAUGUCUUCUGCUGACGACCUGGUUUCGGAAAAACUGUCCACGAUUACAAAUUACGGAUUGAAUCGCAUGUCCAGCGCAACUCGGAUCUCUAGAAGCAGGACAGAGGAUUCUAACGUCCUAGACCGAUCUACCAGACUGUCGAACAAGCGAUCGAGGGUCCACGACACUGCCAGACCUGCUAGGACCAAGAUUGAUCUUCGAUCGCGAAGCAGGAUUGAUGAGAGUCGCCGAAUUGCCGAUAUCAGAUCCCGAAGUACCGAUAGAGAAGCAUAUAACAGCGAUCGCCGAUUUGCCAGAAGCGAUGAGAGACGCCAGUUUCUCUCUCGUUCACGAAAUCUAGAAAGAUCUGAACGCACUUCUCAAGAAUCUGAUCGAGAUACGUAUUUGCAAAGAUAUCGGGCUAAUACCAAUCGUAGAAUCUCUAGAGAUGUUCGGGAUCGUCGUGAUGAGAGACGCGUUGCUCGUUUACCGACUAGUAUUAAUAACGAUCGUCUUGAUAGGACCACCAGGAAUACUCGAUCUACCGAUCUUCAAAUAGACAGACGUAACGUUUUAAAUUCUCGUAUCUCAAGGAAUAUUCGAACACGUCGUUCAAGUUUUGGAGAUACUCGAUCAAGCCUAGCAAGAACCAAUGAUCUUGACGAAUCACGAGCUCAGUUUACGGAAAGACGAGAAAUGGACAUGAAUCGUAAAGAAAGAUCUGUUGAAUCGGUUAGGCGAGAGUAUCGCGAAAGAUCAGUAGAAGCUUCUAGAAGACAAUCCCGAAGAUCCGUAGAUCGUUUGGAUCUACAACGAACUAGGAACCAUCUUGAUGAGCCACGCGAAGAUCGUUUUGCCCGUGAAAAUCGAUUGAAUAAAUUCUCACGCACUUUGGAAACAUUUCAGAGGGCAUCGAAAACGGUGGUCCGAUCUAGAUCGAUGGAACGUCGCACUUCUAAUAUACGCCGUGAAAAACAUUCUGAUCUGGUCAAUCGUGACGCUAGAAGAGAACGCGAGGUUUCAACGAUUCGCAACGUACGCAGAGAGCGAAGUUUACCGAGGCUCGAUGAUAGUAGAUCAGAAAGAACCGAACGUUUUAUAGUGGAAAGAAGGUUCUCCUCGGAACGUCGUGAUUUGGACUCCCGAAGAAAUUCAUUAGUACGUGAAAGAGUUCGAUCUUUGGAUCGUGUAUCUCGCGAUAGGGAUUUUGUACGACGUGUACGUGAUCUUAACGAUCGACCUAGAACAAAUAUUCAUCAUGAGAGAGAUCUAGACCGUGAAGUUAGGAACAAUCUACGUCGUGUACGAGACGUCACUGACAGACAAGUAAGGAUCAAUAUGGGUCGUGUAGAGAAUUUUGAGACUAGCCGAUCUGGUAAAGACGUGCGCCGUGUAAAUGAUCUCGAUAGUCGCCGAUUUAGAGAAGACGUACGUCGUGUAAGAGAUUUAAAUGAACGUCAAAUUCCGACAGAUAUGCGACGUGUAAGAAGCAUCGAAGAUCGUCAAACAAGGAUCGAUUUUCGUCACGGAGUUAAUCGUAACAAUCGCCAGAGCAGGAUCGAUACUCGUCUAGGUAUCGAUGAGCGUCGAGAUAAAAUUGCCACACGUCGUGUAAACGAUGAAACCGAUCGUCAAAUCAAGAUCAAUAUUCGUCGCUCAAACGCUCAGAAUGAUCGUCAAAGGAUCGACGCCCGUCAAUUCAACGAUCUUAGUCGUCACCAAUCUAGAAUCGAUACUCGUCGAGUAACUGUUCUUGACAACAGUCGAGUUUCUGAUCAAAAGGACCAACUCAAUAGGAUCGAUAGUCGCCAUGUAAAUAAUGAUCGUUCUCGAUCCAACGAUCGUAUUCAAACUGUUAGCAACCGCAGGAUGGUUUCACCCACUACACAAAGGUCUAAAGAAAUAACAGAACGACGAUCAUCAGUGAUCAGAUUUAAGAAUCUUGUGGGAAUCACAAGCAAAACUGAUCUUCCUACUGAAAGAUCCUGGGUCGAUACUCUCCGACGAAAUACCCGAAACACUCAAGAUAAUCGCCAAAGAAAUAUUCGAUCUUUAACUGAUCGUCGUACCUCAAAUCGAAUCCAGGAUGAUCGUCAAGGAAUGCUCAUCUCUCGAUCAAGAGCUGAUCGUCACUCCACAGAAAGAUCCUGGGUCGACACUCUCCGACGUAAUAAUCGAAACGCUCAAGAUAAUCGCCAAAGAAAUAAUCGAUCUUUGAUCGAUCGUCGUACCUCAGACCGAGUUCGAGAUAAUGAUCGGAUCUCUCGUGAUCGCACUCUGGAAAAGGAAUCUCGUGUUCGUGAAUUUUACUUAAAAAAUACUCAGGAUCGCGAAGAACGUUUCCUCCGCCGCAAGGUAGACGAAUCUCGCUCAAGGUACGAAAGAUAUGUUAUUCGUGGACCGGAAAGAAUCAAUUACCAAGAACGUUCGAAGACUGAGGCUGGAUUUAAAAUACCGGAAGCAAAUAUAGCGGUUUCUACGAUUUACGAAAUAUUACGGCAAGCACUGGUAAUGACACUUUGCGUUUUGUAUGGAGCUUCCAUUUACAACGGGAAAGGCACUUUGUUCGGAGACAUCUUCCGGCAAACCAGUCGCUUCCUUGUAUGGUGAACUACUUUUGCUAGAACUGAAUGAUCAAUCAGGAAAUCGCUUAAUCGCUUCUUAUAUGUCCGCCUAAACUGUAACUCGUUAUUGUUAUUCAAAACUAAAUGAAAAAAAUUUGUUGAAGCUUAUAAACGUGAAUUUUAAUGUACAGCAAAAGAUGUUAAAAUAUAAAAUUAUUAUAGUACGCAACUGAAAUGUAUAUUUAUAUCUAUGUAAAAUCAAAUAUUUUA